AUUGUAUGAAAUCAUCUGGCGACUUCUAUUGACCUUUCGAGCGUGCGUUGGUUAUUUUUUCUGAAAAGAGCUGGCAGAACUGGCUCCUGCUUCACACCCAGUGUUCCUGGAAAGGCCAUGGAUCUAGUGCAAACCCUGACAAAGAUGUAUGUUUUAUGAAGACUGGCUGUUUCUAUUAUACCUAAGUUUUAUUACGAUUUUACCAUCAUUAAGGGUCUGGCUGCAAAAAACAUAAAAGAUUAAGACCAUCUGACCUAAUGUAGCUAUGCAUUCAUUAUACAGCAUGAUCUCAGAAUUGUUCAUUUGGCCCAGCAUGUGUCCCUGCCCUGUGCCCUGCCCCUCCAUGUGGCCAGGCCUAAUUCCACAGCCAUUGUAGCUCAAUGAGUUAACCAUUUAUACCAACGACAUCGAGCGGAAGUACAAACAUAACCUUCCGACGUGGCGGAUAGGAUCUUUCCUGGUUUAUCUGCAGGAACCAGUGGACAGAAGGAGAAUCAGAGCUGUAGUGAUAUUUGCUUUCGUGAUUGUUGUUAUGAGACGCAGCCGCCCCUUCGGGACACGGCGGUGACGUCAUCGAGCAUCUGAGCUCCGGCGCCGAGAGCUGUAGCGGCAGGGUCCGGGCUGUGCGUGCGGUCUCAGGUACACACCCCGCCAGUGCGAUGGCUCCACGACUAGCGGGGCAGUGAAACGGAAGAAAAAGAUACAUUUAAUAAUAUUUAAGAAACAUAUAUAUUCGAAGGCACUUCAAUUGACCCAGACGCGUGUAUUGUGAAAUUGCACAGAGCGUGGCGGGGCGCGGCCUCCUCCUGGAGCAGGAUCUCGGAUCUCGGCAGUGACACCCCAUCAGCUCUGGGGGAAAGAUGGCGGACCCGGCGGAGUGCACCAUCAAAGUGAUGUGCCGCUUUAGGCCACUGAACGGCUCCGAGGUGGAAAGAGGGGACAAAUAUAUCCCGAAAUUUCAAGGCGAUGACAGCGUGGUGAUCGCGGGAAAGCCGUACAUGUUUGACCGUGUUUUCCAGUCCAAAACUAACCAGGAGCAGGUGUACAACGCCUGCGCACAGAAGAUUGUUAAAGAUGUUCUUGAGGGUUAUAAUGGUACAAUAUUUGCUUAUGGACAGACCUCAUCUGGUAAAACACAUACUAUGGAGGGUAAUUUGCAUGAUCCAGAUGGAAUGGGAAUCAUUCCGCGUAUUGUACAGGACAUAUUUAACUACAUUUACUCCAUGGAUGAAAACCUGGAAUUCCAUAUCAAGGUCUCCUAUUUUGAAAUUUACCUUGAUAAAAUCAGAGACUUGCUGGAUGUGUCCAAGACAAAUCUGUCUGUGCAUGAAGACAAGAACAGGGUCCCAUAUGUCAAGGGUUGUACUGAGCGCUUUGUUUGCAGCCCAGAUGAGGUGAUGGACACCAUCGAUGAGGGCAAAUCCAAUAGACAUGUGGCUGUGACAAACAUGAAUGAGCACAGCUCUAGGAGUCACAGUAUCUUCCUGAUUAAUGUAAAGCAAGAGAACACACAGACAGAGCAAAAGCUGAGUGGGAAGCUGUAUUUGGUCGAUCUGGCUGGCAGUGAGAAGGUCAGUAAAACCGGAGCUGAAGGAGCUGUGUUGGAUGAAGCCAAAAAUAUUAACAAGUCCCUCUCUUCUCUGGGAAAUGUAAUUUCUGCACUGGCUGAAGGAUCGACGUAUGUUCCGUAUAGAGACAGUAAGAUGACUAGGAUUCUUCAGGACUCUCUGGGUGGUAAUUGCAGGACCACCAUUGUCAUUUGCUGCUCCCCCUCCUCUUAUAAUGAGGCUGAGACCAAAUCUACACUCAUGUUUGGACAGAGGGCAAAGACCAUUAAGAACACGGUGACUGUAAAUGUGGAGUUGACGGCAGAACAGUGGAAGAAAAAAUAUGAGAAGGAGAAAGAGAAGAACAAGACGCUCCGCAACACUAUUACCUGGCUGGAAAAUGAGCUGAACCGCUGGAGGAAUGGUGAGACUGUUCCGAUGGAUGAGCAAUAUGAUAAAGAGAAGGCCAACGCUGAGGUUUUGGCUCUGGAUAAUACCAUGAAUAACGACAAGAUAGCGUCCACUCCCAACAUACCCGGAGUGCGUCUGACGGACACUGAGAGAGAGAAGUGUGAAGCUGAGCUGGCAAAACUCUACAAGCAGCUCGAUGAUAAGGAUGAUGAGAUAAAUCAGCAGUCUCAGCUUGCUGAAAAGCUCAAGCAGCAGAUGUUGGAUCAGGAGGAGCUUCUGGCUUCUUCUCGGAGAGACCAUGACAACCUACAGGCCGAGCUGAUGCGGCUGCAAAUGGAAAAUGAAGCCUCUAAGGAGGAGGUGAAGGAGGUGCUGCAGGCACUGGAGGAACUGGCUGUCAACUAUGACCAGAAGAGCCAGGAGGUGGAGGAUAAGACCAAAGAGUUUGAGACCCUCAGUGAGGAACUCAACCAGAAAUCGAGUGUUUUGGCCUCUCUAGAUUCUGAGCUGCAAAAGCUGAAGGAGAUGACUAACCACCAGAAGAAGAGGGUAUCUGAAAUGAUGUCGUCACUGCUUAAAGACCUGGCAGAGAUCGGCAUUGCUGUGGGCAGCAAUGACAUCAAGCAUGAGGGCAGUGGGAUGAUUGAUGAAGAGUUCACUGUGGCAAGGCUUUACAUCAGUAAGAUGAAGUCGGAGGUCAAGACCCUGGUGAAGCGCAGCAAGCAGCUGGAGACGGCUCAGACCGACAGCAAUAAGAAGAUGGACGAGAAUGAGAAGGAGCUGGCUGCAUGCCAGCUUCGCAUCUCUCAGCAUGAGGCUAAAAUUAAGUCUCUAACGGAGUACCUUCAGAAUGUGGAACACAAAAAGAGGCAGUUGGAGGAAAAUGUCGACUCGCUCAACGAGGAACUUGUCAAAAUCAAUGCACAGGAGAAAGUCCAUGCUAUGGAGAAAGAGAAUGAGAUUCAGUCAGCCAAUGAAGUCAAGGCUGCAGUGGAGCAGCAGAUCCAGAACCACAGGGAGGCUCAUCAGAAGCAGCUCAGCAGCCUGAGAGAUGAGCUCGAGAAUAAGGAGAAGCUUAUUACUGAACUACAGGAUUUGAACCAGAAGAUUAUGUUGGAGCAGGAGCGUCUCCGGGUCGAACACGAGAAGCUCAAAUCUAUGGACCAGGAAAAGAGCCGCAAGUUGCAUGAGCUCACGGUUAUGCAGGACAGAAGGGAGCAGGCCAGACAAGACCUCAAGGGCCUGGAAGAGACAGUUGCUAAAGAGCUGCAGACACUCCAUAACUUGCGGAAAUUAUUUGUGCAAGACUUGGCAACCCGGGUCAAGAAGAGCGCGGAGAUGGACUCAGAUGACACUGGUGGCAGUGCUGCUCAGAAACAGAAGAUCUCCUUCCUGGAGAACAAUCUGGAACAGCUCACUAAAGUCCAUAAGCAGCUGGUGCGUGAUAAUGCAGAUCUGCGCUGUGAGCUGCCUAAGCUGGAGAAACGUCUGCGUGCAACUGCUGAGCGUGUGAAGGCUCUGGAGUCCGCGCUGAAGGAGGCCAAAGAGAAUGCAGCACGCGACCGCAAGCGCUAUCAGCAGGAGGUGGACCGCAUUAAAGAAGCCGUCAGAGCCAAGACCAUGGGACGCAGAGGACACUCGGCUCAGAUUGCCAAACCCAUCAGACCAGGCCAGCCACCCGUGGCAUCUCCCACCCACCCCAACAUCAACCGCCCUGGUGCGGGGGUCUUCAAUAACCAGCCAGUGGUCAUCCGGGGAGGAGGUGGAGCCAAACAGUAAACUUGAUUUGAAGUCUGCAAGUCUAGAUGAAGUCAGAAGAACUGAGCUGGCCUUUCAACACUGGACAGUUCAACAGGCCUAACACUUUAAACUAUAUAUAUAUAUAUAUAUAUAUAUAUAUAUAUAUAUAUAUAUAUAUAUAUAUAUAUAUAUAUAUAUAUAUAUAAUAUUUGAAUAUAAGUAUAUAUAUGUAUGAAAUAUUCCUACAUUGGCUGUACAGUUGUCCACUCUGGUCAUAUGUUUAGAGAUUCCAUGUCCCUGUUUAAACACACCAAAAAAAAGAGAAAGAAAUAGGACAAAAAUGAGUGCAAUCACUGCUCUGUAAGUAGCUUGUAGCUUCACUCUUAAUUGCAUUAGAUUUUUAGCCCUCACUGUGCCAAGCGGAAUGUAUCAUCAAAAUGGAGACACAAAAAAAAGCAGGAAUGAAUGGAAAAUUAACUUAAAAAAAAAAAAAAAAGGGUAAACGUAAACCCAGCUACUGCAUUCUCCUAGCUUAUUCAUGUAUGCAUCAUGCUACUUGUUUUUAAUUGUUUUGGAGAGAGUGACUGUGUUCUUCCACUGAGCGGUUUCCAAUAAACUAAUUCACUUGAAUAGAUAAGUUAAACACUACAGUUGGACUACGUGAACACAACCUUUUUCCGUGCACUGGGACAAAGUUUUUGGGGCCUUAGCAGGGUAACGUGGUGUAAAAAGGAAUAAAGAAAUUGGAACAAAUAAAUGAAGGUUUAAUGAGAACACAAAGCUGCUGAUUGUAGACACUCCACAUGUUUCUUUAAAGCACUGUAUAAAAACAUAGUGGUAAAUGUGCAUCAUUACUGAUAGUGAUAUCAGCAUUAUGAAAUGUGUGUAAAAGCUCAGUUUCUGUGUAAAUGGAAGGUCAUCUGUCAUGUUCUAGAUAUUGCUGUUUUUAUAAAUGAAUGGAUUUAACAAAUCAAGUCACUACUCAUCAGUUAAUCCUACUGAUUGGGAGUACUGCCUUAUAGUCUAUCAUUAGUUCAGCCUGUGAUCUAAUAUAAUGUGGAUAUGUGAAGAAAUGCAGUAGCAUUUUAACUAAUAGAAUUAGACAUUUUACCUCUGAUGGGCUUUGAAUUGAAUUCCCCAAUAAGGAAGUGAGCUGUUUUAACCUUUCCUUUUAGUAAGUGAACAUAUUCAUUACACCCACAUUAAGCAAUAUAGAGAAUGUUGGCUUUGUGGUUUUGCAUAGCUUAAAAGCAACUGGUCUCUGUAUCUUGGUACGGAUGCAACACCUGCAGAAAUGGUCAGAAUUCAUUUGAAAUUACUACUUCCUGUUUUAGUUCAUCCAAACAAGCCUGUGCCAUGCUUGAAAUAAUAUUCAACCAUCACCAUUUUGCAAAAGAUUUUACCGAUGACCACGGCCAGUAGCUGAUCUUUGCAGAUUUGUCACAGUCAUUGAUCAUCAGUGGUCAUUGACCGUGAUUCUGAAUUCUGCUUUUACAAAUUGUAUGGACUAUGUUUUCACAAACCCGGCUCUAAGCUUUCAUCAUGCUUUAGCUCAUGAAUAUUUAUUGUGAUUAAAUGUAGCCGUUGUGCUUGGCUUGCACAUUUAAUAAAAUCCAAAUCAGUUAAAUGUUUCAUACCCACCACUGUUUUAAGCAUUUUGUUGCCUUUGUGAUUGCAGUUAGAAAUCUAGGUUUGGUCUUUUGAUAACUUUUCUCUUGUCCAGUUCGAAGACUCAGCAUGACAUUGCAGCGUUUAAUGGCCUAGCUGAAUUUACAAUAGGUCUAUUUAAUAGUUAUUUACCACGUUUUCAUUGUAUUUGCAGGUGGAUGUUUUAUUUAUUGAUGUUUUAAUAUAGACAUGGGAAUUAUUGUUGUUUCAUUUUUUUAUUUUUUUAUUUUUUUUUUUUUUAUACGUUUUAUUUUCUCUUCGGCUUUCAUUUAGUUUUCCUUUACCGAUGACAUUUUCACCUACAUCUUUUCUCAGUGCUCCUUUGUAAAUUUUUGUUCCAAUAGCAAGCAGGGUGACAGAAUAACUGAUAGAAAUGAAAUUAUUUGUGCAAUAUGGAUCAGACAUAAUGCAUCAUCAAUAUUUUGUAAAAAUUAAUUAAGUAUAAACAAACAUGACUGGCCUGGUUUUAUUCUAUUUCCCUCUGUACUCUUUGAAAGCACUUUAAAUGUUCCAUCUCAGUUGAACGCCUCACUCAUUGUAAUCCGAGUUAAAGUGUCUCAUGUCAAAUCGAUUAGAUUAGGGUUUUUUUUCCUUUGAGUUUUGUCAUUAUUUUUUCGAACAGUUUUGCUUACAGAGAUCAUUUUGUCUUGAAUCUGCAUCGUAGUUUAAAAAAAGAUAACAGUACCUGUAAUGAUGGAGAGGGACCUCUGUGUGUGUGUGUGUGUGUAUACAUUCGGCUCUCUUGAGUUGUGCAGAGUCAAAAACUGGACUGAACUGUAUAUUUCUUCUGAAUGCUUACUGUAGGGCAGGUUUUCACCCCUUGACAUGAAAUAAAAAUAAAAAUUAAUGGCAUAAUA